AUGCCAAGCGACGUAGGGAAGCUCAAUAGGCUCGUCAUCCCCAAGAAGUACGCCAUUAGAUAUUUCCCCUGCAUCAACGAAAACGCCGAAGGAAAUGCACUGCUUCAUGGAGGGACCAACGAUGUUCAGCUAGUUUUCUACGACAAGUUCAUGAAGUCGUGGAAAUUCCGGUAUUGCUAUUGGAAGAGUAGCCAAAGUUUCGUGUUUACGAGGGGUUGGAACUGGUUUGUGAAGGAAAAAGCGCUGAAGGUGAGGGACAUCGUCGUGUUUUAUUCGUAUGACUGUGAUGAAACGCAUGAAAACAUCGAUACUUUUGGUCUAAUUGAUGUAAAAUAUCAUCGUCGUCAUGGUUGCCGCAAUAACAUGGGGAUCCACAGUCUGAAUGAAGUUGGUCUGGAGGUAGAAUUGCCAUUGAACUUGGGAAGAAGUUGCGGAUUCACAAAAGCCGAGCAUGAGGAAGAACUUGAGAAGGAGACAGCAAAGAAGUUGGAGGGAAAUAGUAGUUUUAAUUUUUAUUUUUUUGGUCAGAAAAUAAUAGUUUUAAAUUAUUCGGUGUACAAAUGA